UUAUAUUUGUUUGUUCUCAAACUUCGCUCUUCACUGUGUCGCCAUACGUGAGACGGUGUGGACGCUUGGAAUUUAGGUUCACAACAUGUGGCGUCAUAAUAGUUUUUAUUAUGUUUUACAUUUGCUGUUGGCACUGCAAUGUGUAAACACAGCCGAGGAGAGCCCCGCGUGGCAGUGGGCAUGCGAUGAUGGUAAAUGCAUCAAGUCCAAGCAUAACCCGCAGAGCUCCGAGCCAGCUCUCUCCCUCGAGGCCUGCAAAAUGUUCUGCAACGAAUAUGGUGUAUUGUGGCCAGCCCCGACAGGUGUAACAGAUUUGGGGCGUUUCCUGUCGAAAAUAAACAUCAACAACAUAGAACUACAAAUCAUGAAGAGAGGAAAAUCUGACGAUAUGAUGCGAUCAGCUGGUCGCAGAUUCAGGUAUCUGGCAAAGUUAGCAGUUCCAUACGGCCGGUCACCUAAACAUGCUGGCAAGUCUGUCGACGUGUAUGUGCACAACCGAAAUCCCGAUGUCACAGAAUUCACCCCAACUGAUACCGACGAAAGCUACAGCUUAAGAAUAUCGCCGGACACCAACCAGAGGAUCAAUGCUACCGUCAUCGCCAACAACUUCUUCGGAAUCCGACAUGGUCUGGAAACCUUGUCGCAGCUCAUCGUGUUCGACGACAUCAAGGACCACUUACUGAUCGCCAGAGAUGUGUCGAUCGAUGACAAACCAGCAUACCCUUACCGAGGAAUCCUUCUGGAUACUGCAAGGAACUAUUACUCCCUCGAGUCUAUUUUGUCUACUAUUGAUGCAAUGGCGGCGGUGAAGCUAAACACCUUCCAUUGGCACAUCACUGACAGCCAGAGUUUCCCCUUCCAGUCCACGAAGAGGCCGCACUUGACCAAAUACGGCGCUUACAGCCCCAGCAAGGUUUACACAAAGGAAAAUAUACGCGAGGUGGUGAACUACGCUAUAAAGAGGGGGAUCCGAGUUUUGCCGGAAUUCGAUGCGCCCGCGCACGUCGGUGAAGGAUGGCAGGAUACUGAUCUUACUGUUUGCUUUAACGCCCAGCCGUGGCAGUCGUUCUGCGUGGAGCCCCCUUGCGGACAACUGAACCCCAUCAAAGAUGAACUGUACGACUACUUGGAGGACAUAUAUUCCGAUAUGGCCGAGGUGUUCCCAACUGACAUAUUCCACAUGGGAGGCGACGAGGUGAGCGAGAAAUGCUGGAACACUUCCACAGAAAUCCAGCAGUUCAUGAAGCAAAACCGCUGGGAUCUGGACAACGCUGGCUUCCUGGACCUCUGGAAUUACUUCCAAACUAAAGCCCAGGAUAGAGUUUACAAGGCCUUUGGAAAGAAAUUGCCUCUGAUCAUGUGGACCAGUACAUUGACAAACUAUGUGCACGUCGACAAAUAUCUGAACAAGGACGACUAUAUAAUUCAAGUGUGGACUACCGGGUCAGACCCUCAGGUCAAGGGGCUCUUACAGAAAGGCUACAAGCUCAUUAUGUCCAAUUACGACGCUCUCUACUUUGACUGCGGCUUCGGUGCCUGGGUCGGCAGUGGGAACAACUGGUGCUCUCCCUACAUCGGCUGGCAGAAGGUAUACGAGAACAGCCCCAAGGUGAUGGCUCAGGAAUACUACGAGCAGAUCAUUGGUGGUGAAGCGGCUCUGUGGUCGGAGCAGUCGGACUCGGUGACGCUAGACGGGCGCCUGUGGCCACGCGCCGCCGCACUCGCCGAGCGACUUUGGGCCGAGCCCGCCAGCGGCUGGCAGGACGCGGAGCGGCGUAUGCUACACACUAGGGAGCGUCUAGUCCGUAUGGGGAUUAAGGCCGAGUCGAUCGAGCCGGAAUGGUGUUACCAGAACGAUGGUAACUGCUACGCUUAAGUGGCACUUAGUACUUUUAAUACUCCACACGCUGCAAAACGAAUAAAGGUUGAUUUACAUUAGGCCGUGCCUUUCGUGACGUGCUAGUAGACCGUGCCGUGGUACACAAUCUUAGAUGAUGGAGAUGUUGUAAAUAUGCGCAAAAUCGGUUUGUGAAUUUCAAAUUCCUCUAUCUAUGUCAAUUGAUGAUUUAAAAGUCAUAUAAAAUCAAGGUAUUAAGGUGGUACAUCUCAACAUAUGGACGUCAACGGCUGGACUUAGGUUUAUUUCCUCCGACUCAUUUCAUCCGAUUAGGAGUAGAGGGUCUGCCGUCUUCUACUGAAUAAAACUUAUACUGCCAGAAAACGCACAUAUUAAACCGGUAGGUCAAUAAGUUCUGUUAAUAACGUUAGUGCCGCGUCGGAAAUUGGAAAAUCCCAACUAAUUAGGCGCGUUUUCAGCUGAGUCUGCAUCGUUACUUACUAUUAGCCAAUUAGUAAUUUUCUUUGUAUAAAAAAUAAAUGAAUUACGUCGUGUUCAACUGUUGAGUUUCUCGGCGGUUUUACUCUUGAUUUCUUAGCGGUGAGUUCCAAAACGGGCACUACAAAUAGACAGACAAGAAAUAAAUGAUUUUUAAUAUUUUUUUAAUUUUUAUAUAUUGCUUAUAUACGUACGUAUUAUGUACGUACGAAGCAUUGGAAAAAUUUAAAAAACUUUUCUUAUAAUGCAUCGUUCGUGCCUAAGACGUUAAUCGCACCCGGCACGGUUUAAUAUGAGUCAUCCUUUACAUCCCUAAGACCUUGUUAAUAAAACCUUGACCUUGUCAUUACGUUGGAAUAGUUAUGCAGUCUGUCACGCUUCAAAAUUUGAAAGGCGCCGUCAGUUGGAGUGUGACAAAACACUGCGCAUCUAUUCCAACGUUAUGCCACGUUUUUAACAAGGCUCUCAAUGGUUACAUACCUUAUACUCUUCUAAAUACUCUCUAAACAGUGUCUUACAAUACUUUGUUACAUUAUGUUAUAGUUUUAUUUGUGUCGUGUAAUAAAUAAUUGGGUGAUUUACAAA